UCCGGUGACUACAUGUCAAACUACAGCGUAAUCAAUAUGUACCACGAUGAAUCGAUGACCCCUGCGCUAUCGCGCCGUUGCUGAUUUCGUAAACAGUGGUCGAACUCAUCUCACGCCGCAGUCCCACAGUCAUCGCUUGUCUUGCUCUCGCUUUUCCUUACUGGAUGUGCGUUCCCACGGCGUUUCAUGCAGAUUUCCGACGCGUAUUGCGGUCGACCUAGCUUUUCGUUCGUGUUCUGGACUUCGAACGGAAAAUACUUUCACAUCAAAUCGUCGAGUUGAAGACCAAGCCUCCAAAACAAACUUGACUUCUCCAAAUCUCUCAAUGAGCAUCAAUCCUCACAAGAUACCCAGUCAUUCCCUGUUCGGAACGUGCAUUCUAUCAGGCACCGCUUGCAUCAGUACGGUUUCCACCGACUGUACGGCUUUGAAUACGCGCGGCAGCAUCCCGGGAGAUUCGCCUGCAUUGCGGGAACCUUGUUGUGAAUAUAGAAUGCACUGCUGCCUACUGCUACUAAUCCACCCGCUGCGGAUGUCCCACUUGGCAAAUAUCAUUGCGCGGUCAAUUUGUGGUGCCGCUCGAGGAUCAUUGCCAUGGCGUUUCUACACAACUACAAGCAAUGUGGAUAAGCAGGAUUUCCGAAGCUCCAGAUUGCGCAUGCUUGUCUCUGAUCCACGACUGAAGCCACCGGAAACCGCCAAGGCAACCCCCAUAUUACGUAAGCAAACAAGUAAGGCAGCUGUUGUCGUUCGGACAUGGUUAUUGUUCUCGCCACAAAGUGACACAAGCGCAACAAUAACAGUGAACAAUAGCAAAGAAGCGAUGCUUUCUAUAGAGAUAGUAGAGACGACUCCAUGCCUCGUGUUCAGAUCUGCUGCGUCGGACGCUUCGCAGAUAAAAAUUUUGCUCUUAUAAGAGGAACACGCGGUUCGUGGCCCGCAGCCUUCUCCUGGUCCGGGCUCACCACUACUAGCUGGAUUUCUGCGGUGCUGGGACACCUGUCUUUCCUCGUCGUAUUA